GAUUUACAAGAAACACGGGAUGAGGCAACCUGACGGACUCUGAUUGGUUUAGACUCUCUGCAGCGUUUUUAUCAGUCGCUGACCGGAGGGGCUGAUCUCCCAAACCGUACGAGGAUCAAAACUUUUGCUGAGCAGUAACGAAGUUCCUCAUACAGGAGUGCCAUGGAAAAUCCACUUGAUUAUGAACCAAUAGAAGAGUUUAGAGAGGUGCUGCUGACUGCUGGACCUGCCUCUGCAGCUGCAAAGAUCCAGGAGUAUUUGGAUGAGCAGAAUAAUAUUCCACUAAAUAUUGCUGUCACAGGAGAGUCUGGCUCUGGUAAAUCCACCUUUGUUAAUGCCUUUAGAGGCAUAAACAACAGAGAUGAAGGAGCCGCUCCUACUGGUUGUGUAGAAACCACAUCAAAACCUACAGCAUACGCCCACCCAAACUAUCCCAAUGUUACAUUAUGGGAUCUCCCUGGGAUUGGUACCACCAAUUUCCCAGCUGAUGAGUACCUGAAGUAUGUUGAAUUUGAGAAGUUUGACUUCUUCAUCAUCAUCUCAGCUGAUCGCUUCAGAGAAAAUGAUGUGAAACUUGCUCUGGAGAUUGAGAGGAUGAAGAAGAAGUUCUACUUUGUUCGCUCAAAGAUUGACAGCAACUUACGUGAUGCGGAAGAAGAUCAGAGGGAUUUCAGCGAGGAGAGGACUCUUGCACAAAUCAGGGAGAACUGCAUUCAAGGUCUCCAAGAACAAGGUUUUGAGUCUCCACAGGUCUUCCUGGUGUCCAGCCGUAAGCUCCACCUGUAUGACUUCCGUCUGCUGGAGGAGACAUUAGAGAGGGAACUUCCUGCACACAAGAGGAAUGCUCUGCUGUUUGCCAUGCCCAAUGUCAGCCGUGGGAUCAUCGACAAGAAGAAAGAUGCUUUACAGUCAAAAAUAAAGUACUUGGCCUCUCUAUCUGCACUCAUAGCAUCUGCACCAGUCCCUGGGCUCUCGAUUACUGCUGAUCUAACCAUGAUAGUUAAAACCAUCAAAGAGUACCAGGUUACUUUUGGCCUUGAUAACGAGUCACUGGAGAAUCUUGCUCGUAGCACACGUCUGACUUUGGCUGAUCUUAGAGCAGUGAUGAAGUCACCUCUGGCUGCAACAGAAAUAACCAAAGAGCUUAUUGUUAAGGUGCUGUCCUUUUCUGCAAGUGAAAUUGCAUUAAUGACAGCAGAGGAAGGGUCCAGAUUCAUCCCAAUAAUUGGAAUCCCAGCAGCAAUGACCUGCUCUUUUAUCUCCACCUACAGUGCACUCAAGACUUUCCUCAACAUGCUUGCUGAUGAUGCUCAGAGGGUAUUUACAAGAGCACUGGGUUUAAACACCACAGUGUGAAAUCAGAAAUGAAUGGAAAUAUGGAACAUUUAAGACUGUUAGAGUACAGAGCAAUGAGCCUCUGAAUUAUUUUUGUGAGCACAAUGUAAUUUGUUAUUAAUCACUGAUCACUUAAUCAUAAUUUUCUAAUCUAGUUGCACAUUUUAGCAAACACUUUGAGUAAGUCAGGUGAUGUGAUUAUUCCUGUCUAAAUAAUCUAUUUUCAUCUGAUUGAAAUGUAAUGAAGGCUUUUGAUUGAUCAAUAAAUUGUCCAUUGCAAUGA